GCAGCUGGGGUCGGCUAGAUAAACAAAAAGUUAGUUGCUGUGCUGGACCUCGGAGAGACCACUCCUCGGGACGCCAGCUGAAAACCAGCGCUGGGAAACGCCCCCGACCCAGCGCCACCGAAACACUCUUCCUCCGAGUCUCCGCGUCCUCCUGACGGAAGCAGCGGGAGGCGGAGCUAGUGCCGCGAAUAGGAACCGCCAUGUUUCCGAGGUGCGCUAGUUUCUCGCCGGACGCUAAAGACCGACGCACAAAUUAAGAAUGGACCAUUCUUUUAACUCAGUCAUUUAUCCAAACUCGAGACAUUCGCCAGGAAAUCUAUCGAAAAUUUCCCAGAACCAUUUUUUCACUUAUAUUCUAUAAUACUGGUAAAAUCGAGACGUAAAAGGAGCACUUUAGAACAAGUCAUUCUGCUUUCCCCUCUCAAGUUUGAGCCUGAACUACUUGGGCUCGCUUAUCGUCACUUCCGGGGAUCGAACUGUGAAUCCCGGAAACUGCACGCGCAGAGCCGGGAAGCUUCGUCCAGCGGUCGUGUUGCCAUGGGCCGGAGGAGAGCCCCGGCCGGUGGGUCGCUGGGACGGGCCCUUAUGCGCCAUCAGACUCAGCGGAGCCGAAGCCAUCGUCACACUGACUCCUGGUUGCACACAAGUGAACUCAAUGAUGGCUAUGAUUGGGGUCGUCUUAAUCUUCAGUCAGUGACUGAACAGAGCUCCCUUGAUGACUUCCUUGCUACUGCAGAGCUUGCAGGAACAGAGUUUGUAGCUGAGAAACUUAAUAUUAAGUUUGUGCCUGCUGAGGCUAGAACUGGACUACUGUCUUUCGAGGAGAGCCAGAGAAUUAAGAAGCUCCAUGAAGAAAACAAACAGUUCUUGUGUAUACCGAGGAGACCAAACUGGAACCAAAAUACUACCCCAGAAGAACUCAAACAAGCAGAGAAAGAUAACUUUCUAGAAUGGAGACGUCAGCUUGUCCGGCUAGAAGAGGAACAGAAGCUGUUAUUGACUCCAUUUGAACGAAAUUUGGACUUUUGGCGCCAGCUCUGGAGAGUCAUUGAGAGAAGUGAUAUUGUGGUCCAGAUAGUAGAUGCUCGAAACCCACUCCUGUUUAGAUGUGAGGAUUUGGAAUGUUAUGUGAAAGAAAUGGAUGCCAAUAAGGAGAACGUCAUUCUGAUCAACAAGGCAGACUUGCUGACUGCUGAGCAGCGGAGUGCCUGGGCCACGUACUUCGAAAAAGAAGAUGUGAAGGUUAUUUUCUGGUCAGCUUUGGCCGGAGCCAUUCCCCUGAAAGGUGACUCUGAGGAAGAGGCAAACAGAGAUGAUAGACAAAGCAACACAACCGAGUUUGGACAUUCCAGUUUCGACGAGGCUGAAAUUUCCCACAGUGAAUCCGAACAUCUCCCAGCUAGGGAUUCUCCUUCACUUAGUGAAAAUCCCACAACGGAUGAAGAUGACAGUGAGUAUGAGGACUGUCCAGAGGAGGGGGAAGAUGACUGGCAGACGUGCUCAGAAGAAGACGGUCCCAAGGAAGAGGACUGCGGCCAGGACCAGAAGGAAAGCUCUACUGCAGAUUCUGAGGCUCGGAGCAGGAAAACCCCACAGAAGAGGCAGAUACACAAUUUUAGCCAUCUGGUAUCCAAGCAGGAGUUACUGGAGCUCUUUAAGGAGCUACACACUGGGAGAAAGGUGAAAGAUGGGCAACUUACGGUCGGACUGGUGGGCUACCCUAAUGUUGGUAAGAGUUCAACAAUCAACACCAUCAUGGGCAACAAGAAAGUAUCUGUGUCUGCCACACCUGGUCACACAAAGCACUUUCAGACUCUCUACGUGGAGCCUGGCCUCUGCCUGUGUGACUGUCCUGGCUUAGUGAUGCCAUCUUUCGUGUCUACCAAGGCAGAAAUGACUUGCAGCGGAAUCCUCCCAAUUGAUCAGAUGAGAGAUCAUGUUCCUCCUGUAUCAUUAGUUUGCCAGAAUAUUCCAAGACAUGUUUUAGAAGCUACCUAUGGCAUUAACAUCAUAACGCCUAGAGAAGAUGAAGAUGCCCACCGACCUCCAACAUCGGAAGAACUGUUGACAGCUUAUGGAUACAUGCGAGGAUUCAUGACAGCACAUGGACAGCCAGACCAGCCUCGAUCUGCGCGCUACAUCCUGAAGGACUAUGUCAGUGGUAAGCUGCUGUACUGCCAUCCUCCUCCUGGAACAGAUCCUGUAACUUUUCAGCAUCAACACCAGCGACUCCUACAGAACAAAAUGAACAGUGAUGAAAUAAAAAUGCAGCUAGGCAGAAAUAAAAAAGCAAAGCAGAUUGAAAAUAUCGUUGACAAAACUUUUUUCCAUCAAGAGAAUGUGAGGGCUUUGACCAAAGGAGUCCAGGCUGUGAUGGGUUACAAGCCCGGGAGUGGUGUAGUGACUGCAGCCGCUGUGAGCUCUGAGAACGGGGCGGGGAAGCCCUGGAAGAUACAUGGCAACAGAAAUAAAAAAGAAAAAAGUCGUAGACUCUACAAGCACCUGGAUAUGUGAGGUUGGGCUGCAACAGAAAUGUCAUCUGCAUUGUGCAGAUGGAAAAGAGCAGAAGCUGCCUGUUGCCUGUGGAACUGUCCCAAGACACUAGCACUGUAGAAUGGGCCCUGCUCUUGCGGAGCACAGCUGCACCCAACAGUCUCCAUGUCAAGACCAAGGGCCUCCUGGAAACACCAACUCUGACGAAAAGGAGUCAUCUGGGAGCCCGAGAAUCCUACUCCUGGCCGGGCACAGUGGCUCACGCACCAACAUGGUGAAACCCCGUCUCUACUAAAAAUACAAAAAAAUUAGCCAGGCGUGGUGGCGCACACCUGUAAUCCCAGCUACUCGGGAGGCCGAGGCAGGAGAAUCACUUGAACCCGGGAGGCAGAGUUUGCAGUGAACGGAGAUUGCGCCACUGCACUCCAGCCUGGGCGACAGAGUGAGACUGCAUCACAAGAAAAAAAAUUUGCAAGGGAUGGUUCACGAGACACAUUUGGGACGAAGGUGAAAGAGAAAUUCCCCAUUCUGAGUGUCCUAGUUGGGUUCCUCCGACUCUAAACAAGGGACUUGGGUUCAGUUAGUGUGCAGCGGGGGCUCACGUCCACUAAGGAACAUGUAGAAUGUAACCACCAGGUGACAGGGAAGCUGCAGUAUUUACUACCUAGCCCCCAUCUUCACUGGUUAUUCCACUUAUUUAAAAUGUCCAGAAUAAGCAAAUCUCCAUAUAGAGGAAGUAGAUUAGUGGUUGCUUCAGGAUGGGAGGAAUGGGAAGAUUGAGGUCUUUCUUUUGCAGUGAUAAAAAUGUCCUAAAAUUGACUAUAGCGAUGGUCACACAACUCUGAAUAUGCUUAAGACCACUGAAUUACACACUUUACGUUGGUGAAUUGUAUGGUAUGUAAAUUAUAGUUCAAUAACAUAGUUACAAAAGAUCAUCGAAAACAUGAAAGCACUAUUGAUGUGGUUUGGACCUGUGUCCUCACCGAGUCCCAUGUUGAAAUGUAAGCCCCCUGGUGGGAGGGGGGACCUGGUGGGAGGUGAUGGGAUUAUGGGGCAGAGUCCUCACGAAGGGUUUAGCACCACCCCCUCAGUGCUGUUCUCGUGAUACUGAGUCCUCAUCACAUCUGGUUGCUUCAAAGUGUGUGGCGCCUCCCCUCUGUCUCCCUCCUGCUCUGGCCAUAUAAGAUGUGCCUGCUUCUCCUUCGCCUUCUAACAUGAUUGUAAGUUUCCUGAGGCCUCCCUAGAAGCAAAAGCUGCUGUGCUUCCUGUACCACCUACAGGACCGUGAGCCAAUUAAACCUCUUUUCUUUAUAAA